CCAUCAAGGUCGAUACCCAGAUCAGGAAAGCGCGACCUAGGCUCACUCGUGAAGCAUGAGUGAGUUUUUAGCAAACGAAACUCGCUCGAGGAAGCCGCGUCGAGCAAACUCCUGUCAUCCGACCUCAACUGAAACAACCUCAACGCAGACUUAUCGUUUACGGCUCUUUUGGACAAAAGAAGCGAUUCAAGUUACCUACUUAUGAUCUCCAUCACUAUCUUACCUAUUAUCGAUCUUAUUCACCGUCCCAUCAUCCGAUUCCUAUGUGAAUCAACUCGAACUCACCACCCGCUAUGGAGGGACCGAAAACCGAGGAUGUCUUCCUGGAGGCGUUAGGAAAUAAAGCCUCCCCCUCCGAACUCACCCACCAACCUCUUCCUCUUUCAACCUCACUCACCUUUGACGGCGAAGCCAGCAGCCCAGCUUUGGGGACUACAAUACUAUCCAGGCAAAGAAGCCAGAAUCGUGGAGGAACCGCAAGGAAGCACCACGCUCGACGACCAUCACGCUCAGUAUCCUUUGACCCCAUGACACCAACUUACGACGACGAAAACCCAUACUUCCGGGCUGGACCAUCAAGGGACCCAUUUCCGCCCCUGAAUUCUUCGACAUCGUCACUUGGCCGCAGGAACUCCAGCCCCAGACUCCAAGUUACGCCGGUUGGAGACCAAAGGUAUCCGAUGACGGAAAGCAUCAAGGCCAGACUCUCCGCAAGCCAACAUGGCUCCGAGGAUGUGCAACGCCAAGUAGCGGAUAGCACGCGGCGCACGUUUGAGCCCAUGACACUCGAUGAGAACCCGCCCGUAAACGGCGAGAGAGAGCCAACCAUAGAGUAUGUCACAGGCUUGCGUCUUGUCUUGCUCAUGGCGGGCCUUAUGCUCGGCAUGCUGCUUUUAUCGAUUGACCGUACUAUUAUAUCGACGGCCACGCCAUAUAUCACAAAGCAAUUUCAUUCAACAUCAGAUAUAGGCUGGUAUGGUUCGGCAUACAUGCUCACAUCAUGUGCUUUUCAGCCGGUCUUUGGACGCAUUUUCAUGCUGUAUUCGGUCAAAUGGUCAUACCUCACAGCCAUGAUUUUGUUCGAACUUGGCUCCCUCCUCUGCGGACUGGCGCCAGACUCCACAACCCUGAUUGUUGGGCGGGCCAUUGCGGGUUUCGGCAGCGCUGGUAUUCUCAUCGGCAGCUUCAUUAUUGUGACUAUGGCUGUUCCGCUGCAGAAGCGUCCCGUCUUCACGGCUGUGGUCGGUUUGAUGUUUGGUGUCGGGGCUUCGGUUGGUCCUCUCCUAGGUGGUGUCUUCACGGACCUUGUGACGUGGAGAUGGUGCUUCUAUAUCAACCUACCGCUUGGCGGCGUAACCAUCAUCUGCUUGAUUCUGUUCUUCAACCCCAAGAAAGGCAAUCGCAACACCCGAACAUUCCUGGACAGGUUUAAGGACUUGGACAUUGUGGGCAAUAUCCUCAUCCUAGGCGCUUUCAUCAUGCUCUUCCUGGCGCUUGAACAUACGGCUCGAGGCUUUUCCUGGAACCACCCACUCAUCAUUUGGCUUUUAGCCGGUUGUGGUAUUACUGCCAUCAUAUUCAUCGUUUGGCAAUGGGCUAAAGGGGAUGCGGCGUUGAUUCCCCCUCGCAUCAUCAAGCAGCGUACGGUGGCGGCAUCAUGCGGCACGGCCUUCAUGAUAUACGCGAUCCUGAUCAACAUGACCUUCUUCCUCCCGAUCUGGUUCCAGGCCAUCAAAAAUGAGACUGCCAUGCGCUCAGGCGUGCAUAUGGUCCCGUUCUUUGUAGCCCAGUCGGUUUUUUCACUGAUUGCAGGAGGCAUCGUGUCCAAAACUGGUUAUGCAACCCCUCCAGCGGUAAUCGGUUCCGCUAUUGGCACCGUUGGCCUCGGAUUACUGACCCUGUUGAAGCCCGACACAACAACAGCCCAAUGGGUAGGCUAUGAAAUUCUAACGAGCGCUGGCUUUGGCAUGUCGAUUCAGCAAUGCUUCACAGCGAUACAGACGGUACUUAGCGAAGAGGACGUGGCGUUGGGAACUGCGGCCGUAUCCGCUGCUCAAUCGCUUGGAGGCGCUAUCUUCGUGUCGGUGGGGAACAGUGUCUUUCAGCACCAGCUGCUCAAGGCAUCCGACGCCAGCUUGCUCCCGGGAAUCGACAUCAAGCAGGUGAUCGAGGCGGGUGCGACGGCGUUCCGCGACCUGAUACCGGCGGAGCAACUGCCCGCCAUGAUUCAGGUUUACAACAAGGCGAUCCAGACGGUGCUCAUCGUCCCCAUUCCGCUAGGAGUGCUCGCAACUCUUAUUGCGUGCUUCAUCGAGUUCAGAUCGGUGAAGAAACCCAUAAAGAUCAACGAGGAGUCAGGCACUGGCAGCACUGAACUUUUCGACCAGAGGUGAGGUACAAGCAAAUGAAGUCGGGAGGAGGAAAAGCAAAAGGGGCCCAGGUCCAGAAGUAAGGGAUAUUGUGACGUGGUUCAUCUGCAGAAUUUCGGAGGAAUAGUUAGGCUCAAAGGAGCAUCAUAU